CUUCGGCUCCGGACGCCGUUGGCUAGGGUGUCCUCCGUAUUCUAGGGCAGGCAAACGGCCUCUCUCGCCCCGCGUCCGUCCAUGUGGAACCACAGGCGGAGAUCCGGUUUCCAGCCGGUCGCGAAGAGACGAACACUUCUGGGCGUUGGAGCGCCCGGCGAAGACACGCUGGGGCGGGUGCGGGGGUGCUGAAGGUUUCUUCCGGGGUCUCCGGCGGCUCUCUUCCGGGGCCGGUGUCCAGAGGUGGGCAGCGUUCGCGUGGCGGCGCGGCCGGGCUGGUCCCGGUCGCGAAGAGCGGGGAGAUGAAGGCGAAGGCCCCGACUUCCGAGCGCGCCCCGAGCCUCCCCGUGGCCCAGCAGGUCAAGGAGCUCACUCGGAAGAAAAACAAGAAGAGGUUCAGGAAGCCCAAAGCGCAACAAGGUCUUAGCCGGGCUCCGGGAAGCCACCCCAGAGCCGUGGCGGGGCGACCUCCAAAGGCUCCGGAGGACUUUUCUCAGAAUUGGAAGGCCCUACAAGAGCUGCUGAAACAAAAAUCACAGGCCCCAGAAAAACCUGUUGUCUCUCAGACAGAUCUCAGAAAGCAGCCCAAAAUUAUCUCGCAGAAUCGAAAAGAGAUCUCAGCUAAACCAACGGGAGCUAAGAUAGUGACAGAAAGAGACCAGCAGACCAGGGGAUCUUUUACUGCCCCAUCUAAGGGGAGCAGGAGGUUGCCAGUACCUCCCACAACAGCCAAUGGAGCAGAGCAUAAGAAAGGAGCCAAGAAGAGGACACAUAGUGACAUUUCUUCUCAACAAGGAGAUGGCAAAGAUGAGUGGAAAGCUAAGAAGGCAGUUGUGGCCGUGGCACCAUCUGUACCCACUGAGAAAGACAUCUGGUUUGAUGAUGUGGACCCCUUAGAUAUUGAGGCUGCCAUAGGCCCCGAGGCAGCCAGGCUGGCACGGAAACAGCUGGGGCUGAGCGAAAGCAGCAUCUCCCUGGUGAAGGAGCAGGCCUUUGAUGGACUGACGAAAGCCUUGGCCCUGGAUUGUGAGAUGGUGGGCGUGGGCCCCAAGGGGGAGGAGAGCAUCGCAGCCCGCGUGUCCAUCGUGAACCAGUAUGGGAAGUGUGUCUAUGACAAGUACAUCAAGCCAACUGAGCACGUGACAGACUACAGGACAGCCGUCAGUGGGAUACGGCCUGAGAACCUCAAGCAGGGAGAAGAAUUUGAAGUUGUGAAGAGGGAGGUGGCAGAAAUGCUGAAGGGCAGAAUUCUGGUGGGGCACGCACUGCGCAAUGAUUUAAAGGUACUGUUUCUUGAUCAUCCAAAGAGGAAAAUCAGGGACACACAGAAAUAUAAGCCUUUUAAGACUCAAGUUAAGAGUGGAAGACCUUCUCUGAAACUGCUUUCUGAAAAGAUUCUGGGGAUCAGGGUUCAGCAGGCAGAGCAUUGUUCGGUCCAGGAUGCCCAGGCAGCAAUGAGGCUCUACAUCAUGGUGAAGCGGCAAUGGGAGAGCAUCGCUGGAGACCGGCGCCCUCCAGCCACCACCCGAAAUAACUGUAGUGAGCAUGCUUGACACCCCUACUGCUGCCGCCGCCGCCGCCACUUCUGCCCUCGCCCUCCUCUGUGGUGAUGCCUUAGUCUGGUGGCAGGUGGACUGGGUCCUGGAGGCCAGCCAAGACUCCAAAGCCAGGACUCUGGAGAACAACGCUACUACAAGCCGGUGGUAUGCAAGCUGCUGGAACUUCUCCCCACUCUGGGCUCUGCCACCAGGGCCUGGUCCUGCUGUACCUGUGUGUUAGGGCAGACUGGGGAGGAGCUCAGGUGUGUGUUGUAGGUGCAGAGGGAGGUGGGCAGCAGAGAUGGCCAUACCUGGUGAUUUGCUGAGCACCAUCCUCCAAGAUGCUGCUUUUCCUCUUGUGGAUGAGCAGGGAAGCUCUGCUGAAUGUAAGGGACCCAGGCCACAUGCCUGCAGUCAGCUACUGAUAGAUCUGCCAGUAUGGCAGCUGCCUCACUGGGGACUUUCCCUAAAGCUGUUGGGACUUGGAGGACCCCCUUUGCGGGGAGUAGGAGAGCAGUCCUUUCUAAUUCUUGUGUACCUAUUUGGCCCAGAGUUGGCUGAGACCAACAUCCACUACAGGCUUCUCCCCACAAUCCAGGAUGAGACUCAGGGCCACAGGCCUCUUGGAGGUCCAGGACCUCUACUGACCUGGAGCACUGGGCAGAAAAGCCAUGAGCUCCAGACCCUCUGGGCCUGGAACCAAUGCAGUGUGGCCAGUCCUACUGACUAGUGAGCAAAGACCAUGCUCUACAGAGCACCUGGAGCUGUGGGGCAGGUGCUCCCACAUAGCACCUUACACGAAGGCAGACUUGCUUUAAUGGAGCUGAGGGGCAGGGUAUGGCUUGAGCACAACACUUACUAGCAUGGGCAAGGGCCUCAGUUCCAUCCCUAGCACUGUAAAAAAUAAAUGUCUAAGUGGAGCUUGU